CAAAAUAAAAAUUGAUCGGCAUCCACUGAAUCAGUGGUCAGGGCAGGCGAGAAUGCAAGGAGGAUCGUCGGGAAUUGGAUACGGCUUGAAGUAUCAGGCGAGAUGUAUAUCGGAUGUGAAAGCCGAUACGGAUUACACCAGCUUCCUCACUGGAACCCUAAGUUUGAAAGAAGAAAACGAGGUUCAUCUUCUUCGUCUGUCAUCUGGUGGAUCUGAGCUGAUAUGCGAGGGUUUGUUCUCUCAUCCGAAUGAGAUUUGGGACCUUGCUUCUUGCCCUUUCGAUCAACGCAUUUUCUCAACUGUCUUUUCCACUGGUGAAUCAUUUGGAGCAGCGAUUUGGCAGAUUCCUGAGUUGUAUGGUCAGCUGAAUUCCCCACAACUUGAGCCUGUUGCAUCUCUUGAUGCACAUGUUGGUAAGAUUAACUGUGUUCUUUGGUGGCCUUCUGGGAGGUGUGACAAGUUGAUCAGCAUGGAUGAACAAAACAUUUUCUUGUGGAGCUUGGAUUGUUCGAACAAGUCUGCUGAGGUCUUGUCUAAGGAUUCGGCUGGGAUGUUACAUUCUUUAUCUGGUGGUGCGUGGGAUCCACAUGAUGUAAAUGCUGUUGCAGCGACUGGUGAAUCAUCUGUCCAGUUCUGGGACCUGCGCACCAUGAAGAAGGUUAAUUCAAUUGAACGUGCUCAUGUACGAGGCGUUGAUUACAAUCCCAAGAGAGAACAUAUACUUAUUACAGCAGAGGAUGAAUCUGGCAUACAUGUCUGGGAUCUCCGGAAGGCCAAGGCUCCUGUCCAAGAGCUCCCUGGUCAUACACAUUGGACAUGGGCUGUCAAGUGUAACCCCGAGUAUGAUGGGCUGAUUCUGAGUGCAGGAACAGACUCAGCUGUCAAUUUGUGGUAUGCUGCAGCAUCAUCCACUAAUGAAAAAACCCCAGAAAGCCCUGUGGGUUCAACACGUCAGCGUGUAAACUUGUUGCUCAACUCAUACACUGAUUAUGAAGACAGUGUCUAUGGACUUGCUUGGAGCUCACGUGAGCCUUGGGUUUUUGCAUCAUUAUCAUAUGACGGAAGGGUCGUCAUCGAAUCAGUGAAGCCUUUCCUUCCGAGAGUCUAGUAAAAAGCUCAGCAUCUCUUUUGCUCUGACCCACACACGACCCAUCGAAAUCUUUGUCGGAAAAAAAGUUGGCACUUGUGUAUUUACAACAAUCUUCUUUGACACAAUUUGUUUUGGAUCUUUAUUGUAUCUAUCUAUCUAUCUAUCAUUCACCCAGAUUCCUUUCAGUAUCAAUAUUCUGUUGUCA